AAGCAUUCAGGAAACAAAUUGUAAAACAUGUUCUUCUCACCGAACAAUAGCAGACAGGGUAAAAUUUUAUUUCGUUUAUCAUGAGCUCAACAACGAGGAGUAAAUCUCAUGUUUCGGUACUGACGUCAGCGAUAAAUCCACUUGCAAACCCAAGAGGAGCGAAAAAGCUUUGUGAGCUUUGUCAAAACCUUGCGUACCUGCAAUGCACCAAAUGUCGAGUAACUUUCUACUGUGACACGGAACACCAGCAGGCUGACUGGGUAGGAAUCCAUGAGAAGAUCUGCCAGCUGCUCAUCCCCAUCCGCACCGCAAUGCCCUUCCACAGCCUGCAGGCGGACAGAGACCACCACCGCGCCCAGAUACUGCACAGACAAGAGGAGCUGAUUGAGAUCUCCAGGGCUGUGGCUCAGAAGAAGCUGUUCGAGGGGAAGUAUCAGGAGUCACUGCCUGCCGCCCAGCUCUCCCUGCGCUGUGCUAUGGAUGUCUACGGCCCCAGUGCUGUCCAGCUGGUCCCUGCAUACCUCCUGCUGGCGGAGGCAAACGUGGGUCUGGGCAGUCUGUCCCAGGCAGAGGGGUACCUGUCUCAGGCCGAGUGGACGGUGAUGAAGACGCCCGAGUGUAGCCAGACCGUCCGCCACCAGCUGCACCGCAACCUGGGUCGCCUCUACACCGCCACGGAAAACCUGGAGGGAGCGCUAUUGCACUUUGCCAACGACGUGUACUAUGCCAGUGAGGAGUAUGGCUUGGAUAACAUUGUCACUUGUGGUGGCUACUUUCUGAUGGCCAAUGUCUUUAUCAAGCAAGAAAAGAUGGAUAUUGCCAGUUCCUUAUACACUGAGGUAGCAAGUACAUGGCACUCUCACCUCACCAAACUUUUGGAGACGCAUACUCCAGGAUCCAUGACGCUGGAGCACUCUUUUGAUGAAGCUCAGCAGGCGGAAGCGGACCAGAUGCUAAGGGCCAUGCUGAAGGUUCAGGAGAGUAGCCCCAAGCAGGCUACGGCCCAGAACACCCUAGUGGCCCACUCUCUGGCCAUGCUGUGGUUCCUGGGAGGAUCCCCAGACAAGGCACUGGAGUUUGGCAGGAAGGCCCUGCAGUCCAGCCAGCUGGUCCCAGACCAUAGCCUAACAGAGCCCAUCCAGGGCCUGCUGCAGCUGGCAGCAGAGAGAGGCCCACACCUUACCAUCGCAAGCUGACUGCCUGCCUGUCCAUCCACCAGCCGGCUACCUCCUCAGCACAACACAAAAGAAGCACGCUCUAUACAUGAAAAAAUGGGCCAUAGUAGAAUCAUUACAGAAUAAAAGAUGUUGUGACUUUCCAUGGUGACUUCUGAUAGGCUGUGAUUGAACAGUAAGGAUGUGUCAUACCGGUAUGUGUGUUUUUGAGUUGAGAAUAGAAAAGACCCAUGAUGCAGACAUGUUGCGAGAGGUACAUUUCAGAUGUGAUGUUCAGGCUCAUAUAUGUCCACACUUGAGACAUCUUCUAUUCCCUUUUGUGGGUAUUAAGUAUGCAAUUACACUGUUGCCAUGUAGUUUCUUAAUAAAUACCAGGUAACUAGCGGUCUGUCAAAAUUAGCGUCACCCCGUUUUCAUUAAUAAGAUAAUGCUGACAUCUCAUUGUACGUGAGUGAAACUUUAUUUGAAUAGUGACA